AUGAGUGCACCAAACAGAAUUUGGUGGAAGGAUGGCACUGUCUACCAAAUAUACCCCGCCUCAUACAAAGAUUCCAACAACGAUGGAUUGGGUGACAUUCCAGGUAUCAUCUCCAAGAUCGAUUAUAUCAAAGAUCUUGGUGUUGAUCUCGUCUGGCUCUCCCCAAUGUACGAUUCACCACAGCUUGAUAUGGGUUACGACAUCUCCAACUACGAAGCUGUCUACCCACCAUACGGUACCGUUGCUGAUAUGGAAACUCUGAUCGAAGCAUGCCAUUCGCGGGGCUUGCGUCUGAUUCUCGAUCUCGUCAUCAACCAUACAUCGGAUGAACACCAAUGGUUCAAAGAGUCUCGAAGGUCGAAAACCGAUCCCAAGAGAGACUGGUAUAUUUGGCGACCUGCGAAAUACGCGGCAGAUGGGACGCGAAUGCCUCCGAACAAUUGGCGGAGUUUUUUCAGUGGUAGUGCAUGGCAAUGGGAUGAACAUACACAAGAAUACUAUCUCCAUCUCUUUGCUACUCAGCAGCCGGACUUAAAUUGGGAGAAUGCCACCACUCGCCGAGCAAUCUAUGAUUCUGCCAUGGAAUUCUGGCUUCAGAAGGGGGUUGAUGGAUUUAGAAUUGAUACGGUUAACAUGUAUUCCAAGGGUACCGACUUACCUGAUGCUCCUGUUAUCGAUCAAGGUAUCUUCGAGCAACCCGCUUCAAGCCUAUUCUGCAAUGGCCCACGAAUGCACGAGUUCCUCCGCGAAAUGAACACCCAGGUCCUCUCCAAAUAUGACACCAUGACCGUCGGCGAACUCCCCGAUACCCCAGACCCCAAACACGUCCUCCGAUAUGUCAGUUCAGGAGACAAGCAGCUCGACAUGAUAUUUCAGUUCGACAUUGUCGAUUUAGGAGGCGGCAAGAUACAUAAAUACGAGUACGAAGGCUACCAGCUCUCAGAGAUGAAGGCAAUAAUCGCUAAAUGGCAACAAUUCAUCGACGGUAGCGAUGGCUGGACAACCGUUUUCUGUGAAAAUCACGAUCAAGGCCGUUCAGUCUCGCGAUUUGCAUCUGAUGCCCCCGAAUGGCGGGAACGUUCUUCCAAGCUGCUGGCAAUAAUGAUGUGCGCCAUGACCGGUACACUAUUCAUCUACCAAGGGCAAGAAAUCGGGAUGAUCAAUGCUCCCACCGCAUGGCCCAUCGAAUAUUACAAGGACAUCGAGGCGCUCAAUUAUUACCAUUCCGUUGCGAAGCGAACAAAUAAUGACACGGAGGCUUUAGCACACGUUAUGAAAUCCAUUCAGAUCCUCGGACGAGACCAUGCUCGUUUGCCAAUGCAGUGGGAUUCCACUCCUUAUGCUGGUUUCACGGGUAAAAAGGACGGGGCCUGGAUGCGUACCCAUGACCUGUACAAGGAGAUCAACGUCGCGUCCCAACUAAACGCCCCGGACUCUGUCCUCAAUUUCUGGAAGAAGAUGCUGCAGACAAGAAAAGCGCACAAAGACCUUUUCAUCCACGGCCGCUUCGAAACUUUCGAUAUGGAUAAUCAGGAGACUUUCGUAUUUGGCAAGACCUUUGGCCAAGACCGGGCAGUUGUGGCGUUGAAUUUCACGGAUAGCGAACAGCCGUUCAAGAGGCCGCAGGGGCAGGGGAAGAUGCAGUUGCUGGUAAGUAAUGUAGGGGGUGUUGAUGGGACAGAGGAUAUACUAUUACCGUAUGAAGGGAGAGUUUACCUUGCGCUUUGA